AACUCCCUGACAGAGCUGGACCUGAGUCACAAUGACCUGAGAAAUUCUGGAGUUCAGCUUCUCUCUAAGGGACUGUCUAGUCCUAACUGCAAACUGCAGACAUUAAGACUUGCUGAAUGCAAACUCUCAGAGAACGCCUGUGGAAUUGUGGCUGCUGUUCUACAGUCAACAAACUCCCUGACAGAGCUGGACCUGAGUCACAAUGACCUGAGAGAUUCUGGAGUUCAGCUUCUCUCUAAGGGACUGUCUAGUCCUAACUGCAAACUGCAGACAUUAAGAUUUGCUGAAUGCAAACUAUCAGAGAAGUCCUGUGGAAUUGUGGCUGCUGUUCUACAGUCACCAAACUCCCUGACAGAGCUGGACCUGAGUCACAAUGACCUGAGAAAUUCUGGAGUUCAGCUUCUCUCUAAGGGACUGUCUAGUCCUAACUGCAAACUGCAGACAUUAAGACUUGCUGAAUGCAAACUCUCAGAGAACGCCUGUGGAAUUGUGGCUGCUGUUCUACAGUCACCAAACUCCCUGACAGAGCUGGACCUGAGUCACAAUGACCUGAGAGAUUCUGGAGUUCAGCUUCUCUCUAAGGGACUGUCUAGUCCUAACUGCAAACUGCAGACAUUAAGACUCAGCAAGUGUGGUGUGUCAGAUGAAGGUUAUGUUUGCCUGGCUCUGGCCAUGAUGAUAAACCCCUCCUGUGUGAAAGAGCUGUACGUGAACAACAAUCAUUCUGGAGGAUCAGCACAGAAGCUGUUAUCUGCUACACUGGAGGAUCCUCACCGCAAAGUUGAAACACUUCAACUUGCUGAAUGCAAACUAUCAGAGAAGUCCUGUGGAAUUGUGGCUGCUGUUCUACAGUCACCAAACUCCCUGACAGAGCUGGACCUGAGUCACAAUGACCUGAGAAAUUCUGGAGUUCAGCUUCUCUCUAAGGGACUGUCUAGUCCUAACUGCAAACUGCAGACAUUAAGAUUUGCUGAAUGCAAACUAUCAGAGAAGUCCUGUGGAAUUGUGGCUGCUGUUCUACAGUCACCAAACUCCCUGACAGAGCUGGACCUGAGUCACAAUGACCUGAGAAAUUCUGGAGUUCAGCUUCUCUCUAAGGGACUGUCUAGUCCUAACUGCAAACUGCAGACAUUAAGGUUGGUGUUAGAAAUGUCUUUGUAAAGGAUUAU